CAUCAGAAGCUACUUCUACGCCUCCCUCGCCGCCUUCAAUGGCUCACUGGGCAACCGCCCUCACAGACUAUGCUCGCAGCAUUGACCCUUCGCGUCUACCUCCCGACGUCCUCGUCGCUUAUGAUGAUCGCACCCUCACCAUCUGCGAUAUGUAUCCCAAGGCGCAAUAUCACUAUCUCGUCCUGCCACGUAUCCCAUUCAGUCUGACUACAGAAGAGCAGGACGAGGUGGAGAGAACGCGCAAAGAGGAAGGGGAGAGAAAGGAGUUGUGGGGCAAGGUGGUCAGAAGACCAGAUGAGGGACCAUCUGCUGCGCCUCCAGAGGCCACAAAGGCUAAGCAACCACAACAGCAGCGUCUCAAUCUUGCCGGAGGGACAAUACGCAUCGCUCCAGCGGCGGACAAGCGAGAGUCUCAAGUCAGAUCCUCAUGAUCGUUAUCGUCGCCUUCGGCCUCACAAGAGAAGGGCGUCGUCUCCAUCUCCUCCUCAAGUGUCCCAAGCAAGCACCUCGCUUCUCUCUCGACUCUCCUUGCAAGUCCAUAUCGCAGCAU